AUGGUCACCCGUGGAGACCAGGUCAUUGUGCUUUACUACGUUACGCACAUGCCUAUAUACCUAUAUUACCCACUCCUUGCCAAGCUCUUCUCCGGGAGCGAGCCGGCACUAGGCAAGACCCGCCUGGGUCUUAAUCACCCACAGCCGCGCACUCCUGGGCGACGUGCGAGGGGUGACCCAAGGGAGAAAAUGAAUAAGAAACAAUUACAGGUUUAUUCUGACUUGCACUAG